UCCCCUUCCUGUAGCCCUUUGAUGUUGGCAGAUCUCUAAGGUGGAAGCAAUAUAAUGGAAGCUUCACCUUUUACACUGCUUAUACCUGUCCAGGCCCUUCAGAUCUGCAAACGCUAAAGGGUUAUGGCUGAGGGAAAAGGCUAGGGAGGGAACUGGGAUCAGCUUAGUCAACGCCAUAUGUGAAGGGACCUGUAUUUUCCCAUACCACUCAGCUCCACCCAUCAUAGGGAGUAGGAUGAAGUUGCCCCUAGACGCUGACCGUGGGCCAGUUUUGCACUUCCCCCACUAUUGGUUAAGUGUAUAAAGGGGUGAAGGGGGGGCUGAUCCUAGAUCUAUACCUUGGGGACGCUUCUCCCCGGUGCCCCACCUUUUUAGUGAAGCAGACAUACGGGUUGUAGUUAAUAAUUUCUUGUACCACAAGCCACGACACAUCCACACUGGCAGACAGUAGCAACCUGCACCUCCUUGCUAUAAAACCGUAUCCAUUCAAGAGGACCAGCCAUGUUAUGUGGGUUAUCCUUCGUGCUCCUGGCUCUAUUGGGUUUGGUGGACCCCCGUCCAGACCUACCAGCGGACAAGGACUUGUUCUGGGGAGCGGACCAGUAUGACUUUGCUGUCGUGCUGCGUGCCUCCGGACUGGAGUGCUUCUGGCACUUUGCACACCAAGGGGAGCGCUUCUACUUGACUUUUAUGGUCCAGUGGGUGACUGGUGUCGGCAACGACAGACACUUAUCCGUCACUGUCAACUCUCCUAAAGGCUUGCUGUUGUCCAAAAUUGACGAAGCUACGGGUCAAAUCAACUUUGUAGCUGAGGAGACCGGUUUCUAUCAAAUGUGCUUCAGCAACUUCCACAACCGAUUUGGCAGCAUGCAGGUCUUCCUCAACUUUGGGGUGUACUACGACGGUUCUGAUGACCAAUGGAAACAGAAGGAGGAGGAGGAGAAGAAAGUCCAAAAAGACCUGAACAACACUCUGUCCACCAUAGAGGAGACGUCCCAUCGCGUGGAGGGCUACGUCUUCCACAUGUUUCGACAUUACAACUUUGGCCGCAUGCGGAAAGGCGCCGACUACUACCUCCUCCUCUCCAACUCUAAAUACAUCACCUGGUGGUCUGCAGUCCAGAGUGUGGUCAUCGUCAUGGCAGGCUACCUGCAACUCUUCUUCCUCAAGAGGCUCUUCAACACCAAGCCCACUACAGAAGCACCAGAGAGAACUCGCUGCUGAGUCCCUGGGUGAUUUUAGUAUUCAGUGCCCUCAUGUGCCCUGGUUGGGAUGAAUUCCAUUUGAAUUCAGUCAACCAGUAACGACGCUGUCAACAAUUUAAGGCCGGGAUUCAAUCCGAUCACCCUUUUCGGCUAUGCACCUUUUAAAGGCAAUGUUCCUGCAUAUGUGGAGACUGCAUUCACGGUAAAUGCUGCAUAUGUGGAGACUGCAUUCACGGUAAAUGCUGCAUAUGUGGAGACUGCAUUCACGGUAAAUGCUGCAUAUGUUGGCUCAAUCUCUAAUGACCUUUGAAUUUCUCGUGCGCUGUUACACGGAUCUACCACUGAUCGGAUCAAAUCGCAGCCUUAAAUUCCAUUACAUUGAUUGAAUUCAAAUUCAAUUGACCCCGACCCUGUUGUUAAUGUAAGUGUUACUAAAUGGGAUCUGCUCCCUACGUGUCUAUGUUGGAUUUGAUUAAAGUCGCACACCUUUUGACAAAUGUUGUCAUUCCAGUGCA